GGUGGGACUGCGUCAAGAGGGUCCCGGGGAACCAGUGGGCCGGUGCUGGGAUCGGACCGAGCUCUGGGGCUAAGCGUCCCUGCCUCAAGAGAGAUCACAUCAGUGGCCGCUGGCGGUUUGGGGAAUGGAUCGCUUGGGUUCUUUCAGCAAUGAUCCCUUUGACAAGCCACCUUGUCGGGGAUGUUCUUCUUAUCUCAUGGAGCCUUACAUCAAAUGUGCCGAGUGCGGGCCACCUCCUUUUCUCCUCUGCUUGCAGUGCUUCACCCGAGGAUUUGAAUACAAGAAGCAUCAGAGUGAUCACACAUAUGAAAUUAUGACAUCAGACUUUCCCGUCCUCGAUCCCACCUGGACAGCUCAGGAGGAAAUGGCACUUCUGGAGGCCGUGAUGGACUGUGGUUUUGGAAACUGGCAAGACGUGGCCAAUCAGAUGUGCACGAAAAGCAAGGAAGAAUGCGAGAAACACUACAUGAAGCAUUUCAUCAAUAACCCCCUCUUCGCAUCCACCUUGCUGAACCUGAAGCAGGCGGAGGAGGCAAGGACGGCAGACACGGCCAUCCCGUUCCAGUCGACAGAUGAUCCCCCCCGGCCUACCUUUGACUCCCUGCUUUCCCGGGAUAUGGCGGGAUAUAUGCCAGCCCGAGCAGACUUCAUUGAGGAAUUUGACAAUUAUGCAGAAUGGGACUUGAGAGACAUAGAUUUUGUGGAGGACGACUCGGACAUUUUACACGCUCUGAAGAUUGCGGUCGUGGAUAUCUAUCACUCCAGGUUAAAGGAAAGGCAGAGGCGGAAAAAGAUUAUAAGAGACCAUGGUUUAAUCAACCUUCGAAAGUUUCAGAUUCUGGAGCGGAGGUAUCCCAAAGAGGUCCAAGACCUUUACGAAACAAUGAGGCGAUUUGCAAGGAUCGUUGGACCAGUGGAGCACGACAAAUUCAUUGAAAGUCAUGCCCUGGAGUUUGAACUCCGGAGGGAAAUCAAGCGACUCCAGGAAUACAGAACAGCGGGGAUCACCAAUUUCUGCAGCGCCAGGACGUACGAUCACCUCAAGAAGAGCCGAGAGGAAGAGCGCUUGAAACGGACGAUGCUGUCUGAGGUCCUCCACUACAUUCAGGACAGCAGUGCCUGUCAACAGUGGCUCCGGCGGCAAGCCGACAUCGAUUCUGGUUUGAGUUCUUCAAUGCCAGUGGCUUCAAAUUCAGGCAGACGGAGUGCACCGCCCCUGAACCUCACGGGCCUCCCUGGCACAGAGAAGCUGAACGAGAAGGAAAAAGAGCUCUGUCAGAUGGUUCGGUUGGUCCCCGGAGCCUACUUAGAAUACAAAUCUGCUCUGAUGAACGAGUGUAACAAGCAAGGAGGCUUGAGGCUGGCCCAGGCGAGAGCACUGAUCAAGAUAGAUGUGAACAAAACACGAAAGAUCUAUGACUUCCUUAUCCGGGAAGGAUACAUCACCAAAGCCUGAGUCUUUGGAGCCCAGGCAGGAAGCGCGUGACACGGGAUAGAGGUCGGAAGCCUCGAAUGUUGGUGACUGGAGGGUUCCGGCGAGCUUUGGUUUUAAUCUCUUUUUUUUUCCACCAAGUCCAAGUAACGUGUACUUUCCUCCACUGUGCUGUCUAAACACCCCCCUUGUCGGUAUCGUGCUACCGUGUACUGCUGCAAAGAGUCGUGUGUGCCUGAUAAGCUAUCUGUAAAUGUGAAUGGGCCUUCGUUCGCAACCCCUUCUUGCACCUAAGACGAGAAUCGUCGUACCUCGCGUCGGCGUCGGUAGAAAUAGAACAGCGUCGUUAGCCCCGGCAACCUAGCUCUGCCGCCGGGUAAGGGAAAGGUGGGUUUUCUCAGCACCUUUGCCGCAGGAAAACGGUGGACCUUUCAAGGGAGGAGAGAGAAACUACUGCGGACCUUGAGAGAACUCUGCCUUUCCAAGUGUUUUUUAAAGCGGAUAACCUGAAACUGCUUAUUCUCCCAGGGAAAGAGGAGGAGAAAACUACGUGUCCUGAAAAUAUUCUGUCACACUCUGUGGUCAACUCUGCUGCCCUUUGCCUGUCCUGUAAAAGCGUUGGGAGGUGGGCCGGCGUUAUCAGCUGUCUGCUAUUUUUAGAAUUAACGAAUUAAAAUUUUUCUAUUAAACUUG